CAGCGAACUAGCUGGGUUGCUAGCAAAGUUAGCAUUAGCGGCUAGUGCUAAUUUUAGCUAGCUAUCCCUGUAAUUCGACAAUAGUAGAAAGAAAUCUUAGCAUGAUUUCUUUGGCACAAAAUAUUCACAUAAAACAUUUCUCUCGAGUCAUAUUUACUGUCACAUUGCAACAUCCCGAAUACGGUUAUUUUUUUCCAUCACACGCUGCAAGGCUAGGGUUGCUAAUCUGAACGGUGUGCAACGUAGUUUGCAUCAGCGUACAGCUUAACACCCCUUGUCUUGUCUAUUCUACUUUGCUGUUCUGCACAGCGCUGCUUGGGUUAACCUAAUACGCUAGUCUUCCAUAUAGAAGAUGUUCAAAUCACAGUUCAUUCAUUUUCAAACCAGACCUAACUCUUAAAGGUGACAGACCGCAUGACGUUAAUUGUUGCCAUUCGGUUCAGCCGUCCAAAUUUUUGUCCUCUAAAGAAAUCUUUUGCUAUCAAAAUGUGUUUGUUAUUCAUCAAAUGGGCUGAAAAUAACAGAAGUUAUUCAGUGCUAUGCUAUGCAUGAUUGCAAUAAGUUUUAAGUAAUUUGAUUUAUCUAUAGGGUUUUUAUUGGAUUUUAUAACACUUGUGGUCCUCGUGGACAAAAAUGACCCCUCAGUAUAAAGUGGUGCGUUAGGGUAAACACCAUGCUCCUUUCCAAAACAUCUUUGAUCUUUGAUGUAUGGGGACACACACACACACAAUAAAAUAAAACAAAAAAAAAAAGGCGGGGAAAAAGCUCUUUUGUCACAAGUUUUGGGGCAUUUCUUGCUUUACUCUGGGAGAGAGAAGCAGCAAAAUGAAGAGGCAGAAGCUCUUUACUGCACAAGAGACUUGUGAGCUAAUUUUUAACCAAGCUGUUGAAAAGAACGACCAGGAUGAGGAUGAUUCAUCUUCAGACGCGGAGGAAAAUAAUGAUGAAGAUCGAGCAUAUGGACCACAUGCUAGUUCUUUCUCUGAAGAAUCCCCCACAUCGCCAGCUGCAGAAACUGAAGAACAGUAUGAAGUGAUGGAAAACGAUGAAUAUGAUGAGGAAGAAUCUGAACCUGAAAUGGAAGAAGUAUCAUCUGUGGAAGACUACACUUCUGAUGAAGAGAAAGAAUCAACCGAUGAGGAAGAAUCUGUGGAAGAGGACCCAGCUGAGACAGAGGACCCAGCUGAGACAGAGGACCCAGCUGAGACAGAGGAAUAUUUCCAGUCAAAGGACAAAAAACUGAUCUGGUGUUCGGUUCCUCCCAGUGACAGACGACGCAUGAUGAAAGUAGAGAGAGACAAAAGCCACUGUGGUCCAACCACAUAUGCAAUUUCUCGUAUUGAUGACAUAAAAUCUACUUUUGCCCUGUUUCUGCCCAAGUCUAUUGAAGAGGUGAUACUGAACAUGACAAACAAGGAGGGGCGUCGUGUGUAUGGCAACAAGUGGAGGAAGAUGGAUCCAAUCGACCUGCAGGCAUAUGUAGGUAUGUUGAUUCUCGCUGGUGUGUACCGCUCCAAUAAGGAACCUACAGCUAGUUUAUGGCAUGCUGAGUCUGGUAGGACAUUUUUUCGUGCUACCAUGACACUGAAGGUGUUUCAGAAAAUCUCAAGAAUUAUUCGUUUUGAUGAUAAAGACACAAGAGGAGAUCGGCGUGCACGAGACAAACUUGCUCCCAUUCGGGAUGUAUGGAACAAGUGGGUGUCUCUUCUGCCAAUGAUGUAUAAUCCAGGCACUGAUGUCACUGUGGAUGAGCGUCUAGUGCCCUUCAGAGGUCGCUGUCCAUUUAAACAGUACAUUUCAUGCAAACCAGGAAAGUAUGGCAUAAAAAUAUGGGCAGCAUGUGAUGCCAGGUCUAGCUAUGCAUGGAACAUGCAAGUAUACACUGGCAAACCUGCUGGUGCACAGUCAGAAAAAAAUCAGGGCAAGCGAGUUGUUCUUGAGAUGACAGAAGGUCUCCAGGGGAAAACAAUAACCUGUGACAACUUCUUCACAUCAUAUGACCUUGGCCUGCAACUACUGAGAAGAAAACUGUACAUGGUGGGAACAGUACGGAGGAAUAAGCCCGAACUGCCCCCUGCGCUGGUGUCAAAAAUGAACAGGGCUCAGUUCUCAUCAAAGUUUGCCUUCACCGAGACCCAUGCUUUGGUGUCCUACCACCCCAGAAAACAGAAAAAUGUUCUUCUGAUGAGCACUCUGCAUCGGGAUGCUGUUUUGAGCACCAGGGAUGACAAAAGGCCAAAAAUCAUCGAAGAUUACAAUCGCAACAAGGGGGGUGUCGAUAACCUCGACAAGGCUACGAGUGUGUACACAUGCAAAAGAAAGACAGCCAGUUGGCCCCUCGUUGUUUUCUACAACAUUCUCGACGUGUCUGUAUACAACUCGUUUGUCUUGUGGUCAGAGAUCAAUCCAGCCUGGAAUCAGGGGAAGUGCAACAAGAGGAGACUCUUUAUGGAGGAGCUUGGGCAGCAACUGGUGAUACCUUACAUCCAGCGACGGAAGGUUAUUCCCCGCACACCAGAAACUGCCAGAUUCGUUAGGGAGAACCGGCAGUUCUGCUCCAGCUCUACCUCUGCAGCAGAACUUCCUCACCCAGCUGCCCCUACUGGCCCAUCACCCAAAAGAAAAAGGUGCAAGUUCUGCCCCAGCAAGAUUAGUCGCAAAGCAUCAAAAAUCUGCCAAAAAUGCAAUGCGUACAUCUGUAAAACUCACACCAUAACUGUGUGCCAUGCAUGCAACUGAGGGCACAUUCAGACUACUGUAUUAUGAAAAGUUACUUUUGAAAAGUUAAAUGUUUUGGAAAUGAAUGUUGGCAUGUUUUAUAUGUCAGGUAAUGAGUUCAAAUAAAGUUGAAUAUAUAAAUUGCAA